UUGGUGGUAGGUGGAUGGUUGGACUGCAUGACCUUGUAGGUCUUUUCCAACCUACCUAAUUCUAUGAUUCUGUGAUUCUAUGAUUCUAUCCAUCCAUCUUCACUGUAAACUGACUAAUGGUGUAGAUGUAGAGGUAUCUUUUUCCCUUCUGUUGCUCCUUGUUUCCCAGCGUACCCAGUUUAAGGACUGCAUUAAUCCUUUUAGCUGUAGCACUACACUGAUGGGUUGUGUACAUCUUUUCAUUUCAUGUGGUGUUAGCCUUUGUCCUGAUAGGAUUGGGUAUGCAAUUGUAUCAGGAUACCUUAUAUAAAGGUAACCAAACUUCAGUUUGUCAUAGACAUGACUGGGGCUCUACCCUUGUAUCUAAACAGUAAUUACAAGGCCCUUUCUAGAACUAGAGGGGAUUCUCCAUUGCCAUACCAUUACCUCUGUAGUGCAUUAGUGACAAAGACAUCAGCCCUGGAGCUUUCCCCAGAGGUAUUUUAACCCUGAAAAACCCUGCUUCUGACCGUCUUUUUUGUUAGACUUUCUUUCUUCUAAGAGAUAUUAGAGAUGACUUGCACUUAACCUUUCCUAACUUUUGAUUUUGUGGAAGUGUUAUUUCCUUUUUGGUGUGAGAACUCUGGAGUGACACCACUCCUCCUUAACUAUUUCUGAAGAGUCUAAACUGGAGGGAACUAGGGAAUAUUACUCUCUACAGGUAUCACUGUUAAGAAACCUUUUCUGUGGUCAUGAUGACUCUUAAAAACUUCUGUAUUUUUAGGUUUGAUUUGCUCGCUGUAGUAUCUAUUUCAUCAAGAUUUUGAUAACAUUUUUAUUAUGACUGAUUUUCUCUCCCCUGACCCUGCCAGAUGCACUCAUAUUCUCUGAGUUCCUGAUGAGGAACUGCUACCCACAUAUUUCUUGUGUGGUCUGUAGUCAUAAGCUGCAUUUCUUAAAUGUUUGUUUUUCAUCUCGGUUGUAUGAAAAUGUUGCACUUAAGAGAUAAAAGGACGCAUACCUCCAGUGCAUGUUGGGAGAAAAUUAUAGCACCUUGAGAGGUUACAAGGAAGAUGCAUAUGCAACUUGAGUGUGUGUACACUAAAGGCAUACAUUCCAUAGGCAGGCUAAGACACUGGGAAUGUAUUGCUCCAUUUUGAGCACACCUAAUUUAAAAAAUGGGAAAAAAAAGGUAUUCUGCAGCUUUCUUGGUGAGCUUUUGAAAGACAAUCUUUUAUUUUCUUAACUAGUAGGAAAUUAAUCAAGUGGUUGAGGUCUAGAGUUUAAAUCCGUGGUAGGAUGCAAGAUUUCAGGUGUCACAAGCAGCCGCUUUCAAAGAAGUGGCAUCUCUAUUUUCCAGAUGUUUUCUCCAGUUAGGAAAAGCCUUUUAUUUUUCUGAGAUUUCACAGACCUGCUCAGUGAGCAGGAGUGUAACAGACUGUUUUUGUAAAGGAACAAACCUCUUUACACUCAACGCCAGAAGAUUUUGCCUUCUCCCAGCCUGAGUUGGUUGUUCUCAGUCUGCACAAUAGUACUGGCCAGUUCUACUUUUAACAGCCUUCUUUCCUUUUUUAAAAUAAACACAAGAGAUGUUUUCUCUCUUUUGAUGAUUGUGCCUCUUUGGACUCCUUAAUCGUCUCAAUCAGAUGACUCCUCUAUCCUGAGGGAAUUCUCCACUGGGGUAAGAUUUGGCAGAACAAGUUUUUACAAAAGCAUUUCCUGGACUAAGGUGGAGCAGAAUGGCAUUCUGUCAGAUCUGAACUGGUCUGUGGUCUCUCGGGGAGGUUAGCCUGUUAAUGUAAAUUAGAGUUGCUUAUGAUAGGGAAAGCUCCACUUUAAUUUACCCUGGGACUGAGUCAGAGUAGUUUCCAUUUGUGAACUGGAGAGCAAUAACCCAAUUCCUCCCACGUGCACACAGUCCCCAGAGAAAGUGGGUCUUGCUAAGGAACAGGGUUUAUGUCAAAGGUUAUUGGCACUGGUCAAAAAAAGAGAAAUAAAUAGAGAAAGAACAAGGCAAAACAGGCAUUUAAUUUGAUUUUAUCAGAAGAGCUGCCAAAUGAAUGCUGUGCCAGGAAACUUUACCUGCAGCUCUUCAUUACAGUUCCUCUGUCAGGAAAAAACUGCCUUCUUAUCUGUUCUGUUACAUGAGCAAAGUCUCUCAGCGUCUGAGGUUGGGGGCAUGCAUCCAGGAUAUUGCAAGUGUGUCACUGCCAAGUCUGUAAAUACAGUUCAUGUUUGUUGGCAGUUCCUCUGUCCAUUAACAUUACAUCAUCUCUAGACCAAGCCCAUGAUAAUGAAAACAGUUUCAGUCCAUGCAGUUUAGCUUCUGACUUAAAAGACCCCAGUAUAAAAGGUGACAUCAGUCCAUGGAUGCCAUGUACUCUAGACAGCUUGCAUCCUUUCCCAGUACUUAUCCUGUUUGGCAGUUUUGAAUAAAAGUACUAAAAACCACAUUGGUUUUAAUACUAUAUCAUUAGGAGCCAAUCUUUUAGAAUCAGCAAAGUUAUCAAGUAUCUUCUGUGACUCUGUAAGUUUUGAAUGCUCUGUCAGCAAAAGAGCAUUCUUGAUCAUUGUAGAUAAGUUAAAAAAAAAAAAAAGAAAAAAAAAGGAAUUCAGUAUUUCACAACGUUGUAUUUCUGUCUGCCCCUUCCAGCUUGUUCCUGUUUUACAAUAAAUUUGUGACCUUUUAACUGAGGAUCAGUUGUGUUGCUCAGUAACGGAAAGAUUCCACAGCUUCUAUGAACUCUUUUUUCAGCUUUAUCUUUGUGUAAUCCCUACACUUUGUUUGCAGCUAGAUAAAGGUGCUAAGAUUUCUAGAGCAGUCUUUGGUUUGUGAGUUAGAAAGUCCUCCAAACCCUCUUCUAGGUUUUCUAGGUCUUCAGCUUCCCUGCAGAGUUCUUUGUUGCCUAAAUUGUAUGUGAUUCUUUGAUUUGAAUCCUCAUUAUGCUCAGCAUGAUUUUCUGCAUAUUCCUGGUAGUUAGUUAUAAAUACCCCAGAAGACAGUUUUGUAGAGAAUUCCUCUACUUGCUAUUAGCAAGCUGUACCAUCAGCCCUUCUUCCUCAAAGUGAUUGCUCAAGAGUUGUUAACGCAGGUGUGUGGUAGGACUGUGGUGGGUGGCAGCUCUUUCUCAAUAGUGUUUUAGUUGCAAAGCAAAUUUCUAACCAGGUAGAUAUCUGUAUAUUGGAAAAGGUAUGAUUAUUGUGCUUGAGGAGGAUCUUACCCUUUUUGUUUUCAUUACCUGAGAACAUUGAAAAUAUUGCUUUUUUCUGGCUGCCAUUUUUCACAACUUCAAAUAUUAUAAUUGGUGAUUUUCCUUUGCGAUAUGAUGCAGGUAAUACAUUUCAUCAUACAUAGAUAACCCUGGUAUAGCAGUUUCCUGCUUUUGACCUCUGACAUUUGGUCACUCCCCAUUUGAUUUUGGUAAUAUUCUCUUUCAGUCCUCUUUUAUUGUUUCACCUGCAAAAUCAAGAAGUAGACUGAGAGGUUGAAGCUGCAUGUAGAAGGAGAAUGGAAACCCUGAGGAGAAGGAGGAAUGCAUAUAAAGAGCAGUGAUAUGAAGAAACCUUCAUGAAGUUCAUGUAGAAGAAACCUUGGCUUGUAGGAAAUCUUCCAGAACAGGUUGCAACCACUGUCCUCCCCUGAAAUGGUUGUACAAGAUAAACAGAAAACAGACUGUGAUAAUACUCCUAACUAUCUGACUUGAAAGGACGUGUUUCCACGUUGCUCGGCACAGUGUGGGGACCAGUUGCUACGAAAGGAUGCUGCACAUGAGAACUGUUUAACAUUUGCAUAUAGUAACAGGAAGAACAGAACUGCUUUGCAGGCUGUUGAGGUGCGAUAUUCAUAAAGGAAAGAGGUUCAGGUUUUCACGGGCAGUGUCUGACAGAGGAGAAGCCAUUGCUGGCCGGGCCACAGAAGCUCAAGGCUCUCCGAUGUCCCGCAGCAGGUAAUGGGCAUUCCAGUGCAACCAAGGCCUGUCCAGACCAGCACUGUGCAGUGCCAGAGCAGCUAGCGUGGCUGUGGCAGAGUGCGACUCCAUGGAGGGCAGCGGCACAGUGGAGGAGGAGGAGAGCGGGGCCGGGUCUGGAGCCCCACCGCUCACCCUGUCCUCCCCCUGCAGCUUCAGCUCCUCCCUGUGCUUCAGCUCUGCCACCUCUGAGCAGGGAGCCCCGUCGCCAUCCUCUACUGGCAGCCAUGUGGUGGAGAGCCAGUGGGAGCUCAACAGCAUGGCCUCUGAGUCAGAGGAGGAGGAGCCGAGUAUGAGGGAGCCACCAGCUGGUGCACAGCCUGCAGGGCGGCCAGCCGAGGAGCCCGACCUCGUCAUUGAGGUGUCGGGGCAGCGUAUCCGGGCACACAAGUCGGUGCUGGCAGCCAAGAGUGACUACUUCCGUGCCCGUGCCUCACGGGACAUCCUGCGGGUGAAGGGGGUGAGCUAUGGGGCUCUGCGGCUCCUCAUUGACUACGUCUACACAGCCCGCAUGGGCGAAGUGCGGCAUGACAACCUGGCUGAGGUGGUGAGCGGUGCCCGUGUACUCCAGAUGCCCUGUGCCUUGCACUGUGCUGCCGAGGCCAUGCGCGCCCAGCUGCGCCUUGACAACUGCUACCAGCUCCUCUGCCUGGCCAAGAAGCAGCGACUGGCAGAGCUGCGGGAAGCCACCUACCGCUUCAUGAGUGACCACUACCUGGAGGUCCUGCGUGAGCCAGGCGUCUAUGGCCGCCUCAGUGGGGCAGAGAGGGACCUUAUUCUGCAGCGGCGCCUGGAGGCCGGCCGGCGCUGUCUACUGGUGGCUGAGGUCAGCGAUGCUUUUGAGCGGCCAGGUGGCGGCAGCCGACCACAGAGCCGUGAGAGCAGCCGCCCACAGAGCCCGUCCUCUGUGAUGUCUUUGGAGGAGAGUGGCUCUCUCAUCCAUUGCUACUAUGAGGCCAGCCAUGAGUGGAGGGUGCUGACACGCCUGCCCGAGGAGGCCAAUGCCAAGGGCUGCGCCAUGUGUGUCCUCCACAACUACCUCUUCCUGGCAGGGGGCAUUGCUGCAGGGCCGGCAGGCAGUGAGCCGCGGGCCCGCCUCUCUGACAAAGUCUUCUGCUACAACCCCCUCACUGACACAUGGAGCCAGGUACGCCCACUGGCUCAGCCUCGCUCACAGCUCAAGCUGCUGGCUCUGGACGGCUACCUCUAUGCUGUGGGGGGUGAGUGCCUCUUCACUGUGGAGAAGUAUGACCCACGGGCUGACCGCUGGAGCCCCGUUGCGCCCCUGCCCAAGGGAGCCUUCGCCGUUGCUCAUGAGGCCACCACUUGCAAUGGGGAGAUCUACGUCUCGGGGGGAUCCCUAUUCUACCGACUGCUCAAGUAUGACCCCAAGCGUGAUGAGUGGCAGGAGUGCCCUUACAACAGCAGCCGCCGGCGCUCUGCCGACAUGGUGGCCUUCAAGAGCUUCAUCUAUCGCUUUGACGUGAGCAGCGGCCGUGGUGGAGAGCAGGGCCCAGGUGGUGGGACUGGUGGUGGUGUCGAAGUUUUUCGGUACAAUACGGUGGCCAAACGCUGGAGCCAGUGUGCCAGCUUGCGGCCCAGCAGUGGCUCCAUCCAGCCCUUCCGUUGUGCCGCCUUGGGUAACACCAUCUACUGUGUCAACCGGACCGGCACCCUCCGCUUCAACUUAGCCCAGGAUGGCGAGGUGGAAGCGGAUGGUGGGCUCAAGGGUGCCUUUGAUGGGGAGCUUCUCAAAGCUCCAUUUGAUGCUAAGGGCCUCCUACUACCCUUUGUGCUUACCCUUCCGGAGAAGCUGGAGAAAGCAGGGGACCAAGAGGGCUCCCUCUCACUGUGAGUGGCCAGCCUUGCUCUGGCCUGCCAGGCAGGGGGCUAGGUAGCAGCUUUUGGGAAACACGCAAAUUCCCUCCCACAGAGGGGACCCACUCCAGCAUGUCUGCAGAGAGAAGGGGCUCUCCCCUUUCCCCUCCCAAGGUUUUGCUCUGGAGGUGCUUGAUUGUCACUUGGGUGUAACUCCUGCUGUGUUUGCUGUGCUUUGUGUGAAAAGCCAAGCAAACCAGAGGAGAAGCUGCUAUAAAAGGAUAAUCUCUGGAUUAUGUUGGUGUCAGUUCCUGAUAUCAGAGAACUUUUUUGCACCUGGAUUUCUAAAAAUUCCUGACAACAGUGUCAUAACGAGAUGUUCCGGUUAGUACUGGCUGUGUGUAUGCACGUAGUUGUGAUCUGGGCUGGAGCCUCUUCUGCCACCUCUUUUCUUUUCUCUCCUGGAUGAUUCCAGGCGAUAAGCACUGCUGGCAACAUCGCUUAGCUGUAUCUGUUCUUAUGUUAAAUCAAGUAUUUCCUCUGCUAGAAAAGUGUAGGAAGCUCACCUCAAUCACAGCGUUUCAGUGCAAUAGAGUGUUUGAAGAAGACAUGGCACUGUGUGGUCCCAGGAAUUUCAACUGCGAUGAUGUAACAGAUACCAGACUUAAAGCUUUAAGCAACACAAAUGUGUGCCGCAUGUUCAUAUUUGGAAUAUACAAAAAAAAGGAAGUUACUUGCUUAAGAUGAGGCAUGUUAUGGCAGAUAUGAAAUGUUGAUAUGUUCUUUAUGUGAAAAGGGCAAUGGUUUCUGUAUAAAAAGACACUGUUUUAUUACUUUUUUAUCAGAGAUUUUAAAUUAUAACAAAAAUGGACUGAAGCUGUUUGGACUGUGGCAGAUUUACAUGACCAUGUAGACCACUAGAGCUGUGGGAAAUAUUUUGUACUUCAACUACUCUUUAAUUAACUGCAGGUCGAGGAAAAUUAAUCUAAACCAAAUGUAAAUUCUUUGAAACUGUCUGCAGACAGCUUAAAUGUUUCAUUGUAUGUUCAGUACCCUGUGGCAAGAGGCUUUUCCAACUUAAUGCAAGACCAUCAAAGGAGGACAUGGAAAACAGGAAUGUGCUACACAUGUUGGUUUUAUUGUGCACUAGCGUGAUGUUAUUUCCCUAUUGUUGGAUUGAGAGACUGCUUUAUUUAUUUUGAUUGAUUGCUGUAAUCAAUAAGCCCUUGUCAACUGCAGUACUUGCUGAUGGUGUAUGCUGUCACUGGGAUUCUGAACCACUCGGGUGCUGUUUGUGGAGCAGCGUCCUAACGAGACACAACCCAGAGAAAUUCUUCCGGCCUGUGGAAAGUCAGAGCAUACUUCUUUUGUCGCGUUACUUGGAACUGGAAAAGUAUAAACUGUCUACACAGACAAACUAUAUUGAAAAGGGCACUUGCAUUUAUUUUAAAAACUUUAUAUAAAAAAAAAGUCAGUAGACAGGCAAGGCAAAUGUUUUAGCUUUACAGUAAACCACUGAAACCUUUUCUGAAAAAUAGAACCAGUGUUUUUACUAUUAGUGAUUCAGCCUGGAAUUGGCAUGGACUAUGGAAGGGAAUUGUUUAUAUUCAAAGUUCUAGUAUAGAUUCAUAUUUUAGAAAUAAAUAGGGACCUUACAUCAAAGAGCAGCAGAUCUUUUUAUGUUUUAUUAAGAUGUUUUCAUUAGCAGAACAUUAGCAUUCUUAUAUGUUAUGGCUAGUUCCAAAGGGAGGCAGCAGGCUCUGUCCUAAGAGACACCGUCUUUACAGAAGACAGUAGUGAAGUUUAUAGAUAUUUCUUUCCUUCCCGUUUUUUUUUCUUCCUGUUUUUUUUUUCUUCGCUAUCUGUCCAGCAUUUUAAUGCAGCCAAUUUGAUUUGCCAUCUUUAGAACACAUUGGCUUGGUUCUGACAGUUCUUGGCCAAGUGAGCCCAUUCCCAGUGAGCUAAUUAAAGUAUUGCCCAGGUGGGAGCUGCACUGGGAUGCUUAUCUUAGCCUCACUGCAGGACGGUACAGUGGAAUUUAGUACCACAGAUGGUGUAUUUGUUAGUGAUUCACAAAGAAACUGUUUUUUUUUCACUGAAUGAUGGUCUUAGUUCUUCGACAAGAACGCUUGGAAAUAUUGACUCAAUUAAAUUACAGCAUUGUAGCUUGAGCGGGAAAGAAAACGAUGUAUUUGCCUUCAGCAUCAUUUUUUAUUUUAACUGUAGAAAGUAUUUCAAGCUGUGUAGUGAAAUACUUAGGUGGAUAUUUAAAGUGAAGACGUAAGUGCUAGGCCAGGUUUUGAAUUAGCAGUCAGCAGAAACGCCCGAGUGUCAGUUCUAUCUUACAGUACAAUAUGGUUUCGGAGUUCAAAAUAUUUAGUAGUACAGUUUUUAUAUUACAGCAUAGUAGGGAAUCAAGCCAGCUUUGUCAUUCCUACUAAUUGGUCAUUCAAUAAGCAUUCUCAUUCCUAUUAAUGCAUGAAAAUGCUGCUAAACAAGUUUUGAGAAGUCUCCCUGAUUUGAGAUGUAAAAAUAUGUCACAGACUUUGAGGAAGGAAUGAAACACGUCCUUUCUUCCAGAACUUGUUGCUACAUACCAUGAAGAAAUAUAUUUGGAAAUAAUCUUUACAGCACUAUAUGUUUGCCAAACGUGCAGUGGUUUGUGUUUUUGCUAGCUUACAUCAUUAGCAGAGGUUGUUUCAAGUGCCUUCCCACUCCGCUGUCACACAGUGAGAGCAGAGUCUGGUCUCCAUUACCAGCUGUCCAUCACGCCUGUUUCCUUCCUACACUCUGCAUAAUCACAGCCCGAUGACUGACUGCAGUGCUGUGUUUCUGCCCACAUUUCCUACUCCGUUGGCCUCUCUUUCCCCCCUGCUAAGCCUGAGGCAGAUUUGCUGGGAGCUGUUUUUUUCUGCCGCUUGCAUCUUUAUUGAAGAAAUUAAUGCUUGGGUACUAAAACCAGAAUUUAAGUAGACUUCAGGAAUGGAAGACCAGAUGAUGUGAUACCCAGGAGCCACUGUUGUAAUAUGUUUGUAUGGUCCAAGCUAAAGUGCCAUGCCACCCUCACACUGUGUUUUUCUAUGUUUGGCUUUUAAAGCAGUUGUUUAUAUAAUUGCCCAAAGGCUAUUGCAUUUGCAUGGGAACAUGGAGACAGUGUUUGCUUUCUUAGCCUGCAAUGAUUUAACCUAUCUCUGGAGGACUGGAGGACUUGGAGCUAAUCCCCGAUCUCUAAAUAUUUGCAUUACAAUAUAAUACAAUGGUUUGUAUUAUGCACUAGUUGGCUAAGAAUCUCAGAAAUGAUCCAGAUAGGUGAAUUCAAAUCGCCAUCCUCACUGAGUGAUCUGAGACAUGCUGGAGAGCAGUGUUCAUCUCUGCUCUUCUUUCUCCAUGAAUCUCACGUCCCCUCUCCCACCUUUACCAGGGCAUGCAGGAAAUAUUUUUUCUGCUUCCUCUUUCCUAGGGUACUCCUAUUUUCAAGGUCAUCUUCCAAAAGACAUUGACUUGAAUUCUCCUGAGCAGAAGGACUGAGCUCAGGCCUCCCACAUCUACCUGAGUUCUGGUAGGUUCCAGGCUCCAGCUCCUGGAUGGCUAAUUCAGGAUAUGUUUAGUACAAGUUGGUACAAUGGGACAAGUUUUCUGGAGAAAGCUUUUCCAGACAGGCUCUGAAUUUUGUUUCUCCAGUCUGAGGUGAGAGGCUCCAUGCACUGUACCAGGAGACUGCAGAGGUAGUUUAGAUCCCUCUCUGAGGCAACGCCUUGGUUAAGAGGCAUUGCAGUGCAUGGAAGUGCCUGGAGCCUUCACUGCAUCUAAACUAAAUCCCUGCAUGAAUAAAGAAACAGGCCACCUCAGCAAAUGCUAAUAACAGACAGAAAUUUACUAUUUCCAUCUAUUAACUUGUUCUGUAAAGGGAACUUAAUUACAGCAAAGCCAUUGGUACAAAUUCUGUUUACUCUUGGAAGAUAAGUCAAAGGAAUAAUUGGCAAAAGAAUAACCCUAUUUGGUCAAAACAUGCACCGUUAAGCAACAUGGGAAGGAUGCUAAUCGUACCCUACUAAUGAAUAAAAUUAUGCAGCAGCUGAUGUAAAUUCUGUCCACAAAAACAAAUUCUUUAUAAAUAAGCACCUGGUAAAAUUUAAAGUGAUAAAAGAAUAAAUUAUUCACAUGAAGGCUGUAACUCUCCUGUGCUGUUUGAUUGGCUCUCAGAGUACUGUAUCCCAGUGAUCACUAUUCAUGAGUGGCCUGUUGCUUUUCUUGCUUUAUGGUAUCCGUUCCAUUGACUGCUCUGUAGAUGGGUCACCCUUCAUUAUCACAAAGCUUAACAUUGGCACUGGGUUGAUUUGCUUUGUGUCUGAACUGACGUGUAGUGCUUUCUCCUUGAACGAAUUCAAAGGAUUUAGAAUUAUCUUUCUUUGGGCUUUUUAGAUUUUUAGUGGCGUUGCUCUUGGGAAACUUAAGAGAACACAGGAAGGGAAAUGGUAGUACAGUGGAGGAGCUGUAGUAACAAGCAUUUAAUGAUUUUCUGUCUGCCAUUAUUCUACACAUCAGACGCACGUUGGACUGAAAAAGGAUGUCUCUGUGUAGCUAUUAACAGUGUGAUCCCAAGCACUGCUGUAGCAAAGUAUGUUUUCAUUUAAGUAUAUUUACUGGCUUAACUUCUACUCUGGGAUAAUUUAAUGAAUGUUAGUAGUAAUUCCAUAAUAAAGUAGAUUACUGGAACUAUUCUGAAUUGACAUUACAGCUACUAAAAGCGGAGACUGACGCCCAAAUUCAGUAAAACCGUGCACUCAGAAUAUAUAAUAAUGCACUUUUCAUUUGUUUUGGCUUAAUGAAUGCUGUUGAAGAGCUGCUGGACUGAGCCCAUCCGAAUUUGGAAGCAGCAGGCUAUUUUAGAGGCUCUCUGGGCUUCAUAAAUUACUCAGUGAGAGGAAAUGGGAGAGUGAGGAAGAGAGAGAGGAGGGAGAAGAAGAACUGGGAAAAAAAAUACCUACUAUAUAUUCAGUAGAAACAAGUAGCAGAGAAGGGAAACCAGAGUUAGUAUUGUGACUGUGAUGACUACAUGACCAAUUUUUUUUUUCCAAGUAUUUUUUAAGUAGCUUGAGUUUUUUAUCUGUUAUGUUGUCAGUCUUAUCGUUCUGCACCUGCAAUUCAUCUCAAGCAACCAGUGUUCAGUAAUCGGCUUUUUGCAGGAAUUUUGUGCUUUGUUUUUAAGUUUUGGUGGAUAAAUCUUGGACAAAUCUGUGAAAUCAUAAAGUAACUAUGUUGAUGCUGCCACUUAAAACAGAUUAAGUAAUGCAAAUGCUUUAGACGCUGUUCACAAUUCAGGUGAAUUACAUGUGUAACUGAUGUAUUAACAGUUCAUUUUCCAAGUGUAUAUAGGUAAAGUCACUGUAAAGCUUUUUAUGUACUCCAACUUAUGCUGUAAUGAAAUAAACACAUACGAAAAGCUUAUGCUCCCCCUUA